ACAUAUCUAGAAGAAAGAGCAUUUCACAUACUGGAACAAGACUCCCAAGAAUUCAUUGAACUACUUAAGAGAGAUGAAGCUCUGGAAAAAUUCCGCAUCAAAUAUGAGAAGCUCCUUGCUGUUUUGAGGAAAUCUCAUGAAAAUGAAAAGCAUCUCAUGAAGAAAUGCAGGAAGCUGAGUGCUGAGAUUCUGGACAUGUCAGCUAAAGUAACUGUGCUCAGAAACAUCACGAAAGAUGAUGAGGAAACUAUCUCGUCGUUGAAGAUGGAGCUGGAAAAGGCCUGGAAAAUGAUAGACACAGCCUAUGAAAAGGAACAGGAAGCGAAGGCAAAGAUAAAUUCACAGCAAGAGGAAAUUGCACGCCUAAAUAUUUUACUAGAACAAAGCUCUAGAGAUGUAUGCAAUAUCGAGGAUUUGCUAAAACAUAAUGAAGAAGUAACAAAGGAGCGAGACCAACUGUUGUCAGAAGUUGUGAACUUACGUGAAAGUCUCACUCAAGCCACAGAGCAGCAGCAGGAUACAGAGAAGGCAAAAAAUGAGGCAGAGCAAUCCCUUAUGCAGCUUCAGCAAGACAUCCAGCUGUAUCAGAAUGAGAAAUUGCAAGAGGCUCAAAAGAAGGAAAAAAUGGAGGACGAGCUGAAAAGUCUUCUAGCUGAAAUGGAUAAAAAGCAAGCUGAGAACCAGAAUUUACAGCAAUAUAUGGAGAGGAACAAAGAGGAACAACAGAAGAUGGAAGAGAAUCUUAAAGAGCUGAAGAUUUUGAAUGAAAGAGCUACUAAGGAACUUGAGGAACUUAAGAGGAAAAAUAAUAAGCUCAUGCAAGAGAGCGAGCAGCAGCAUUUGGUGUUUGAAGAGGUGGUGAAGGACGUCCAACAGAAGACAACUCAACUGAAAGAAAGAGAUGAUGAAGUGUCUCAGAUGCGCCUUGAAAUUUCAAAGCUGAACAAAACAACAGAUGUUAUCCAGAGUAAGCUGCAUGUUGCAGAGGAACAAAAAGUUGAUGCAGAACAUGAGAAAAGCAUCCUAAAAAAUCAAGUAUCCAGACUAGAGAGAGAGCUGGAUGCAGCCAAAAAACAGACAGAGAUUGGCAAAAGAGCUGCAGAUGGGCUUGUGAGGGAAAGGGAUAUACUAAGUCAGAACCUGAUCAAGGCUAACAGUGCCACUCAGAAGCAGAUAAAUUUGGUGAAGCUCCAUGAACAGACAAAACAAAACUUGGAAAGAGAAAUCCAAAGUUAUAAGAAUGAAACUGAGAAACAAAGGAAGACUAUUUACCAACUGGAGAAGGAGAGAGAUAAUUUCAUCAAUGAAAUCAAUGAGCUCAAAGAGAAGAUCUUCCAGCACUUGAAUGAUCUUGAAAUACAGCAAACACAGCUCCGUGACUGUGAGAAGGAAAUACAAGCGCAUGUGAUUAAAUCAAAACAGCAGCAAAACCUUUGUGAAACUCUGAAAACAGAGAAGAACAUGUACAGUAAAAAUCUGAUUGAAGCUAAGGAUGAGAUGACAUCAAUGAAGACGAAACUGAAAACUUUGACAUGUGAGUUGAAACAGCUGAAAGAGAACCUCAAAGACGCAGACGCAGCCCUUGAGAAAGCAGGUCUAGAACAGCAGAAGACAGAGAAGGAGAAGGAGUCAUUGAAAGCUGAAGUGCUUAAGAUGACAAAACAGGCUCUGGAAACCAAACAGUUCAUAGAAAAUCAGGAGGCAGAAGAGCAAAAACUCCUAAAAAUCAUUGCUGAAGCUGAUGCUGAGAAGCUGAAGCAGAAGAAGGAAUUUGACAAGGUGCUCAAAGAGAGAUGUGCCCUAGGGACCCAGCUUAUUCGUCGCAAUGGUGAAGUGGCUCUGCUCUAUGAAAAGAUAAAAAUCCAACAGGCCAUCUUAAACAGGGGUGAAACUGAUUACCGACAGAGAGUGGAAGACAUCCGAGUUCUCAGGCUGGAGAUCAAAAAACUUCGGCGUGAGCGGGGAAUACUUGGCAAGGGUGUGGAUAAUGCGGAGGAGCUCAGACAGCAGUUGAAUCAUAUGCAGAAGGAUCUACUGAAGGAACAGACUCGGUGCAAAAUUUUGGAAGAAGAACUGCGUAAACCCCUGCAAAUUCACAGAUGGAGAAAAUUACAGGCCACUGACCCUGAUACCUAUGAACUGAUUCUGAAAGUACAGAGACUACAGAAGCGGCUUAUCAGCAAGACAGAUGAAGUGAUAGAGAAAGAAUUUCUCCUUCAG